AUGUGGUCAUGGCUGCUCUUAGUGGCAUCGGCGACUGUCGUGGCCGCAGUCAAUAUCAGCUGUCCGACCGACUACACGGCUUUCGCAUCAACUAAACACGCGCCGCUUUCCUCCGGAAAAUACCAUCUCUCAUAUAUGCGUCCUCCAAAGGGAUGUCGGACCUUUAAUUCGCCUGAGAUCGAGAAGACUAUCACUCGGAUGCAGUCAGUCAUUAAAGAUCCUGACCUGUAUCGGCUAUUUGAAAAUAGUUGGCCCAACACCCUGGACACAACCAUCAAAUGGCGGGGUUAUGCCGCCGACAACCUUGAUGAGGAACUUUGCUUUUUAAUAACGGGAGAUAUUGAUGCAAUGUGGCUACGGGAUUCGGCUAAUCAACUUCAGUCCUACCUUUCCAUGUUGACCGCAAGUGACUCUGAGCAAUCCCUCGCCGCGCUGUAUCGAGGGGUGAUCAAUCUUCAAUCGCGCUACCUACUGGAAUAUCCAUAUUGCCAGGCAUUUCAGCCACCAACAGAAUCUGGUUUGACACCUUCAGUGAACAGCGCCGCCAAUGACGACACGGUCACUCCACCCUACAGCAACCAGACUGUAUUUGAAUGCAAGUACGAGCUUGACUCUCUUGCUGCUUUUCUAGCGGUGUCGACAAAUUAUUUUGGUGCGACACAGGACGCUGAAUUCUUUGGGAAGUAUCAGUGGAGGACCGCGGUGCGAAAAAUCCUCAACGAAACUCAAGCCCAGCGUAUCGGCACGUACGGAGCCAAUGGUAGUGUGAACCCUAGCGCCUACGCUUUUACGCGUGAAACCACCGACAGCGAGGAUACCCAGGACAAUAAUGGAAUGGGAAACCCCUUCCGCUCUGGUACAGGGCUGGUUCGUUCCUUUUUCCGCCCAUCAGACGAUGCGACCAUCUUCCAAGGUUUCAUUCCAGGAAACAUGAUGUUUGCACGAUAUCUCGAGUCGGCAUCAUUGAUAGCUAAGGCCAUCAAAGAAUCAGACUUAGCCGUCGAGAUGCAGAGCUUUGCUAAGGAGAUCCGCGCGGCCAUUGGCAAGUACGGAAUCGCAGCUAUCUCUGCGCCAUGUCAAUCGGAUAUCUACGCCUUUGAAGUAGAUGGAUACUCUUCGCGUAACAUCAUGGAUGACGCCAACAUUCCAAGUUUAUUGGCUGCUCCCUUUUUCGGAUAUCUCAAUGAGAACGGUAGUGUAUAUCAGGCCACACGGGAGAUUCUCCUCAGCAGCAACAAUCCAUAUUACAUGGAAGGACCAGUUAUCACUGGAAUUGGUAGCGUACAUACUGGACCAGGAUAUGUUUGGCCUAUGGCACUCGUCGUGCGCAUUCUUACAUCCAACAAUGACGACGAAAUAACAAGCAAUUUACAGCAGCUGCUCCGCAGUACAAAUGGUCUAGGCCUUCUGCAUGAAAGUGUCAACUCCUACAACCAGAGCGAUUACACCAGACCAUGGUUCGCUUGGGUCAACGGUCUCUUUGGGCAGAUGAUUUUGGACCUGGAGGUUAGAAAACCGCACAUUUUAGGACAGAGCUUCCAAUGA